AAGUAGCUAGGAAAUGUCUAAGCAGCCAACACUACAUGACCAACUCUUGCAAACGCUGACCUAAAGUCGAUUAAUUUACGGAAGACACCCUGCUGAUGUCGCAGGUAUUCAUCCUUGAGGACGAGACAGUCGAAUAUGUUUUUCUCUAAUAUUCCUGUUCUUUAAAUCAUUUUACUGAGGACAUUACACGACAAAUUUCGAUUUUAGUUGAGUAACGAACCACCUGCUGGUUAUCUUCUGUUUAGGACAAAAAAACUCAUCACGACGUUGACCUCAGUUGGCAUUUUAUUUUUAGACGGACAUGUUUGUAGGUGUGCUUGUAUGUCUGCGCGAGCUGAAGAUAAAUCUAAGUGGUUUCAGCUGGAUGUCAGAGAUAUAAGUAGUUAGGAACAUUGCACUAUGUUCAGUGUUUUGGUCGCCUUCAUCUAGUGGACUGUGUAUUAUCUUUAAAAUACACCCACAACUUCUGACAGUUCUCACCUCACAACAAAGUGCUGAUGAUGGCAUUUUCCUUCAAGAUUCUCACCUUUGUCGGCUUUUUCUCAGCAUGUUACGGGCACAGCUGGUCGACUGGAGCACCCUCCAAUUUCACUAUUUUCUAUGCUUGUGUGGGCGACUCAGUCACCUUUCCCUGGGUGCUCACCCUCUCUAGUACUGAGAGAGUGAUUGAUAUGGAAUGGUACUUUGCACCGAACGUUUAUGAUCCUGAAACCAUUGCAACGUACGUGGACGGUAGGUUUCUCGUGCCCCAGUCCACUCACCAACGUUUGUACUUUGCGGAGAAUGUCGGCCUCACCAUCAGCAACCUAACGCACGAAGACUUUGGAACAUACUCAGUUCGUGUUGACAUCAGGAGCGGUUCAUCUUUUGUAUCUGAGGUGAUAUACGCAACUCUGCAUCAGCCAGUUCCUCCUACAACUGAAGACGAGCUGCUGCACGCGCGGAUGUUGCCGAAUGCCGCGUUCAGCUCAGGGGAGUGGCACGUGCAGCUCGCGUGCGGUAGAUUUAUCUCUGUGUUUUCUACGUUUUUCUCUGUGAAUUGGAAGACACCUUCAGGUCGCUUACUGCCCACUGACCAAAUCACAGGCUCCGACUACAUUUUGAAGUUGACCAACCCUAUAGAAGAGGGAAACUACUCCUGCUUCAUAGACAUCCAUGAGCCUGCUGCCAGGUGUGCGCAUGUGCCGUCCACCAUGCUGGUCAGUAACGAGAUUCACGUAGACGACUGUUCUGUACAGACGGUGAAGAAUAAUGCAGCCAAGCAUCAAAUGGAGGACAUUGCAUCAGCCUUCAAACAGUUGGUAAUGACAGGAUCAGAAUCUGGAAAUGUCCGUCUUGUCAACGGCAACCGACCGUGGAAUGGCAGAAUUGAGUUGAAGUCCCCCAACGGCACCUGGGGAGCAAUGUGCAGCACUUUUGUCGGUUUGAAUACUGCCCCAGUUGUCUGCAGGAUGCUCGGGCUCACUCCGGAUCCAAGGUAUUCACCGUACAUAUCUUACGCUAAUCAGUAUGGCAUUAGCAAGUUACCGGCUCUCACUGGGUAUGUCUCCUGUACCGGCAAUGAAGACAGCAUCUUUAACUGCUCCAUCAGCUACAAUGGUCAAUCCUGUGAUCGCUACUACGAUUUGGGAGUCGACUGUUGGCCAACAUUUACAACGGAUUAAAAAAAGUAGAUCUUACAAAGUUACAGCAAUAAAGUAACAAUGUCUCAG